UGCGCACCAUGGCGAGUGUACUCUGGUCUCCCCCUGCUGACGCUCGUCAUCAUCCCUCCCAUCAACCUGUCCAUGCGGGUCUCCAUGCGCCGCGCUCGACGCCUCAAAUUUCUGCCUGCAGGACACAUGUGUAAAGACUGCCUGUACUCCACCUUCUGUUACCCAUGCUCCUGGUGUCAGAUGGCCCGAGAGAUGAAAAGCAGAAACAUCCCGAUCGUUCUGGUCAGUGCCAAGCAUUCAUGACGACACUCAUCAUCAUCUCCACCCAGGCUGUCACAUCUUCCAUUAACCACAACCUGCAAACUACACUACAACUUACUAACUGUUAGUGUAACUACACUUUAGACUGAAGCCCAUUGAGAGAAACUAAUGAUUUAAAAAAAUACAGCCUAAAGUGCUCCUGUCGCUGACUGAAAAACUUGAGCCAUAAAUUUCUGUAAUAGUAAUUAUUGAGUUGUUUUUUUUUAAAGAUGUUGAUCUAAUCACUCUCCAGCAUCAUUAAAGUUCCUACUGCA